AUGUCACUUCUCCAACGUGUUGUCGGAACGGCGCCCAGAUCCUCUAGACUUGAUUGCUCUAGCCGAAAGGAUCCUCGACGGCUCGAGAACUGGGUGGAACAGCAGCGACGCCCGAACUGUUCUUAUAUUGCCGAAUACGACUUCCCCGAUGCUAUGCCAAAUCUUGAUGCUCUGGUCGUUACCGCGAUGUCUGGCCCGGCAGCAUCCCUGGCCGACCUGCUCAGGCUUGACCUCCACGGCCCUGACUUUGCCAAAGACUCGGCACGGGCUACCAUUACACAUCUUGUCACGCGAGAUCACAUCUCGACCAUCAAAGACCUCCUCGGGCACAAGGCCCUCCGGUUAAGCUUGUGCUGCACUGCAUGUUUCUACGAGGUGGUACGCAGAUGCUCUUGGUCGAUCGAAACACAAGGCAACGCGCUAAGGGAAUAUGGAGAUGUGUUCGAUUUCCUGAUCCGAGAGCUGCGCGAGGACCUCUAA